AUGAACCCAGCAACGUCAAUGGCUUGUGUACAGAUAAUCAUGUCUUCUCACUUCUCCUAUGCUGGUUCUAUGGAGGCCCAGGACAACUACGACAUGUUCGACAUUGAUUUCGACAGACCUUACCGACGGUGGUUCUAUCUGGGCUUUCUGGUUCCUGUUUUGUGGGUCUAUCUCGCUCUCAAGGGUGGAAUUGAACUGUGGAAGCUGUCGAGAACCAACAUUUCUCCCCAUGCUCCAACCGCUAUCGAGUUGCAUGCUCAAAAGCUCUCUUGUGUUGGUUCUUGGGUGACCAAUUCCGUAUGUGGGUUGGUUUUUUACGCCGUCUGCGGCUGGACCCUUUAUAUGAUGGUGAUGAGUCGGUGGUAG